AUGCCAUCGACACCGCUGGACAAUACACCGCCCACCGACAGUCGCGGUGAGGCAACACACACGCUUCCUGGCACGAGGCAAGCACCUUGUGUGAACAACUCCUUACCUACGCAAGAGAAGUCAUGCGGGCACGUACGGCCCAGCACCGACGUGUACGUGAGUGAGGAGCUUCUCGACAUGCUCUCCGAGGACCGUCGCAUCAAUCGCCGGCAUCACUUGGUAGUGGACAAGGUAUUCAAGGCGUAUAUGCUAGAGAAGAAAAACUUCGCCGGCGUCAUGCGGACCUAA